AUGGAGAAGUACAACUGCUGGUGCAAGGAGAACGGCGAACAAAAAGAGAAGGCCAUUCUGGAGGCUCGGGCCAACAUCAAGGAAUGGGAGACGCGCAUCACCGAGCUUACUGGCAUCAGCUCAACUCUGGCAACAGAGUACAAGAAUUUGCAGCAGGAGGUUGACAAGAACGAGUUGUCAUUGGACGAGUCCAUGGCUUUGCGCAAGAAGCAGGUGGCGAAGUUCCAGGAGGACGAGCGCGAGAUGUUCAAUAAUCUGAACUCCGUGCGUUCGGCCCAGGUCGCAUUGAACACCUCCUCCUUCCCCUCCUUCUUGCAGCGGCCAAAAGACACUCCGAUCCGUUUGCUCCGAGCAGUGGCGGAGAGGCAAGCGGACUACCUGAAGUCUGAGAACCGUCAGCAGCUCAUGGCCUUCUUGCAGGAUCCGACCUCAGGAUCUGUACGAGGGGUCAUCGACGGACUUGAGACGGACUUCGAGGGCAGUCUGAAGGAGCUGCAGGACGAGGAGCUUCAGAACAAAGCUGCCUACGAAAAGCUCGUCUCGGCCAAGAGGAAAGAAAUCGACUCGGCAAAGGUGCAGAUCGCAGCCAAAAAGGAGGAGAAGACUGCUGCCGAUGAGGAGCGCCUCCAAAAGAAGCAGGCAGUCAAAGACGCCAAAGGCUCUGUGGAAGAAGAUCUCGCCUUCGCGAAGAAGGUGCAGAAGCAGUGCAAUGCCAAGGGCCAGGAGUGGGAGAAGCGCCAGAAGAUACGCAGCGAUGAAAUGCAGGCAGUCUCGAAGGCCGUUGAGGUUUUGGAUUCGGAUGAUUCCUUCGACCUCUUCGGCAAGACCAUGGCACCCUCCUUCCUGCAGCUUGCAUCCAAGGAGGCCCCGGCUAUGCCACAGCAGAUCUACGACAGACUGCUGGCAUUGGGAAAAGCGCACGACAGCCGUCUGGUUACCCUUUCGCUUCAAGCGAAGGUGGAUGGGUUGGCAAAGGUCCGAAUGACUUCCUUCGAUGUACGAAGUCGGCUCUCAGAACUCGAUAGUGCGGUAGAUUGCAGCAACAUGGCAAAGCGCAGCGCCAAUCUGCUGGUGGCGGCUGUG